AUGGCUCUGCCGCAAGAGCCGGUGGUCCCAGUGGAGCCUGUGACCAACGUGCCGAAUGAGGAUGGAGGCAGACCGGAUGUUGUGGCGCAGGGACUCGACCGAAAUCGCGACGGCUUCCCGCCUAGACUACAGGCCCCCAUGAGCCAUGGCUGUGGCAACACCUACAUGGCUGCUCCGGUGGCCGUGCCGCAAGCUGCCUGCCCGGUGUACCUGGCGCCUCCUCAGGUCAUGGCUACGGGGCCGACGUUGCUCCAGGUGGCCCAGCCGCAGGUGAAUGUGGUGAAGCCUGUGAUCCAGGAGGUGGUGAGGGAGGUGCCGGUACACCAGCGCGAGUUGCACACCAUCUUCCGCGAACGCCCCCAGGUGGAGUUCGUGGAGAAAGCCGUGGAGGUGCCCAAGGUGGAGGUGCAGGAGCGUGUCAUGGAAGUGCCGCAAGUCCUGCUUCACGAGAAGGUGAUGGAGGUUCCGCAGGUGAGGGAAGAUGAGAUCGUGAAGCAGGUCCCCCGCGUGGAGUACACCGACGUCAGCAAGCACAUCGAGCUCCCCGUCUUCGAAGCCCAGGAGCGCAUCGUGGAGGUCCCCUUCGUCAUCGAGCAGGAGUGCCUGGUGGAAGUGCCGCAAGUGCACUGCAUCGAGCUGAUCCGGGAAGUUCCCAAGGAGGUGGUGAAGACGGUGCAGAAGAUGGUGGAGCGACCGGUCGUGCAGGUUCGCGAGCAGAACGUCGAAGUGCCCGUUGUCACCGUGCAGGAGGAGCUCGUGCCCGUCCCUGUCGUGGAGGAGGUCGAGGUCAUCACGCAGGUGCCGAGCUACGAGCUGCAGCAGGUAGAGAAGCGGGUGGAGCUGCCGGUGGUGGAGCUGCAGGAGAAGCUCGUUGAAGUGCCCCAGGCCGAGGUCGUCGAGAACCCGGUGGAGGUCCCAGAGGUGGAGAUCUGCGAGAUCAUCAAGCAGGUUCCGAAGUAUGAGAUCCACUACAUCGACAAGGAGGUGAUCAAGCACCAGGUCGAGUAUGUGGAGAAGCUUGUGGAGGUGCCGCACGUGGUCUACGAGGAGCGCAUCAUCGAGGUGCCCCAGGUGGAGAGGCGCGAGCUCAUCCGCCACGUGCCCGUGAGCAACGUGCAGAUGGUGGACAAAAAGGUUCCCAAGCACACGCUCAAAGUCACGGAGAAGGUCGUGGAAGUGCCCACAGUCCUGCACCACGAGAAGCCGAUCGAGGUGCCCGAGGUCGCGGUCGUGGAGACCAUCACCGAGGUGCCGAAGGUGAUGGUGAACUCUAUCCCGGUGGAGGUGCCCAAGGUUGUCAACGUCCAGAUCCAGGAGCGGCUAGAGGAGGUUCGAGCCACGCUGAUCGCCGAAAGGGCUGUGGAGGUGCCAGACCCUCAGGUGGUCGAGGCGAUCACUCAGGUGGUUCAGCCCAUCGUUCAGUACGUGGAUAAGGAAGUGCCCCGCGUCGUGACGGAGCCAGUGGAGCGACUCCAGGAAGUCUGGCAGAGGCCGCUGGUGGAGGAGGUGGCGGUGCCGGUGGAUCAGGUGCUCACCUACGAGGCCGUGCGCCAGGAGGCGUCGCAGGUCGUCCACGAGGCGUUGAAGCCGGUGUCUCCCAAAGAUGCUGUGCCUGCGGACGGCGCGCAGCGCGUGCCAGGCCCUCCCAGCGAAAGGCCUGGCGCGGCCAUGCCUACUGGCUCCGGCCCUGCGCAGGAUGUCGACGCCAGCCACAACUGGCACGUCGACGGUGUCGAGUCAAAGGACGACAGCGACGCCUCGCUUGACGUCCACCGGAAAAGGCCGGUGCCACCCCUGAGCUUUGAGAAGGAGACCCUGAUCUUCCAGUCCGACGUGGACAUGCAGGAGAUUGUGGCCAUGUCUCGCUGGAAGUGCCUGCUCGGUGGCGGGCUUGGCCUCACGGGCUUCUACGCGCUCCUCGCCAGCCUCAGCCUCCACGGCAGUCUGCCUUUCGAGCUGGCCAUGGUGUUCAGCGCUGGGCUCUGCGCGAAUGCCUACGCCCACUUCGUCACGGCGCAGAAGCUGAUCCGGAAGCUGGCAGCGAGACAUGUAGAUCAGCUCUGGGUGAUGCCCCUGGAAGCGAAGGAGAAGCCGCAGGAGAAGGGGGGUGCCCACUCACUGCUCCUCGAGACCGCCAGCACCGAGGAGCGCCUUGCGGCGACGCCCUCGCUGGACCUCCGCCUCAAGACCGCCUCCUCGGAGCGCUGGCUGAGUUUGGUGGAGCCCAUGGUCGACGAGUCCCUGAAGUUUAAGCUGGACGACGACUCGGCGGACUUGUCGCAGAAGGCCUCGAUGCAUGAGAUUUUCAACCUGGGGCUGCUGGACAUCGACGAGAGCGCGGGAAAAUGCCACGACACGCCCCUGCUCGCGGCCCUCAAGCUCUCCAAGAAGGUCGUCGCAGAAGAGACCGCAGAGCCCCGCACCGACAUCGCCCCCUUUCUUCGGGUGCCCGAGGGUGCGCCGGCCCCGGGAGAGCGGCUGGACACCGUGGCUGCCUCGGAGGUGGAGCGCGCGAUCAAGGUGAAGGUGGAGACGGGCGUCGUCCCCUCCAUUGAGGCCAUUGGCUGGCGAGCGCAGUGGUCCGGCGCAGCGAUUCUGGUGGCCGGCUGCCUCUUCUCCGUCGGGGAGCGAGCCCGGGACAAGGACGGGACGGCCCGCUGGAACAAGCUGAAGCUUCCCUGGCAGUGA